UUCUCAGAAAACAACUACAAUCCUGCAGAAAAGAAUGUCAGACUCAGUGGACCACAUCAAAUCUGAAGAGACACAGGACGCUCCUGGUAAUGAUGUGUCCGCACCACCGCCGUCGUACCAAGAGCAGCAACCUCCACCUUACUCUGCAGCCCCAGCAGAGUACCCUCCACCCAAAGUCGACACAACCCCUGUCUAUCAGCCUACCACUACCUAUGAGUCUUUCCGCGACAUAAGCCCGGAGGCCCCAUCAGACACACCUAUAGCAUCAUCUUCUUUUGAUGACAAGACAGUGAGAAGAGGGUUUGUUAGAAAGGUGUUCAGCAUCCUGACUCUCCAGCUGCUGUUCACCUUCAGUGUGGUGUGUGUGUUCACCUUCUCCAGCGUGGUCAAAGAGGCGGUGCAGGACAACCUGUGGGCCUACAUCAGCUCCUUCAUCAUCUUCGCCGUUGUCGCCAUCGCCCUCACCUGCUGCCAGUCCUUCAGUCGGCGUCACCCCUGGAACAUUGUGGGACUGGUCGUGAUCACCCUGAGCUUGUCAUACGUGGUGGGAACCAUUGCCUCCUUCCACAACACCACUGCUGUGGUCAUCACUAUGGGAGCAACGAUGGCCAUUUCUGUCGCAAUCAUUGCAUACUCUGCACAGACUCGUUAUGAUUUCACUAUUUGCUACGGUAUUUUGCUGAUUCUGGCCGUGGACAUCUUGAUGUUUGGGUUCUUCUGUACCUUCUACUACUCCUACAUCUCCCAAAUCGCCUAUGGAUGUCUGGGUGCCCUGCUGUAUUCACUGUUCCUGAUGAUCGACUGUCAGAUGAUGAUGGGGACGAUGAGUUACCGUCUGGAUCCAGAGGAAUACAUCAACGCUGCUCUCAUGAUCUAUCUGGACAUAGUCCUCAUCUUCCUCUACCUGCUGGGGAGGAGGUGAAACUAACUACACAAAAUACACACAGACACACACUCCAAACUGUACCCACAAUGAAAAAGUUCCUUUAUUAUUAUCAUCAUUUUAAUUUAUAUACUGUAACUGCAUCCUGUUCUAAGUGACAAUGAAUUAAUGACUUUCAAUGUUUUUACAGAAUCUUGUCUUUGUCUCAGUUUUACAUGAAU